UCACACACACACACACACAGGACUCCCAUGAAUCUGUCAAAAUUAGUGCAUAUAUCCUACUCUGGGUUUCCUGUUUAAUUUAAUGACAUUUCGCGCACAGAUCAGCCGGACUGUGAAAUAAAUCUCUUAUAAACAACCAGGCGGAUCUUUUUCGGGUGCCCGGAUGAACUCUGGUGCUGCCCAGUCGGAAGAGACGAGCUCGAUGGCUGCCAGCUGACCUUUGACCCCUGACUGUCAGGAUGAUGUCGGUCAGAGAGCGGCUCCGGCAGAACAUCUCAGCCGCCUUCUACCGGCACGGCCUGCUCUGCGCGUCCUACCCCGUACCCAUCAUCCUCUUCACCUCCGCCAGCAUCCUGGCCUGCUGUUAUCCAUUGUUGAAGUUGCCCCUGCCUGGGACCGGUCCUGUGGAGUUCACCACCGGGGUGAAGGACUACUCUGUCCCACACCACGACCCUCAGGGAGACCCGGGCGAGCGUCCUGAUUGGUAUCACGGCGCUCCGGUCGCGUACAUCCAGCAGGUGUUGGUGAAGGCGGCCGUGUCUCCGUGGGACAGCAGCCUGGUGCCCGUGGACGUCUUCCGCUCGCCGCUCGGACGCGUCUUCAACCUCCUGGAGGAGAUCCGAGACCAUGUCUACGCCGACAAAGGUUUGGAGACGCUGUGUCUCCAGGUGACGGAUCUGUUGCCGGGGUUACGCCGCAUGCAGUCUGUGCUUCCUGAACAUGGCUGCCUGCUGGUUUCCCCCGGCAACUACUGGCAAAACCGCCGGGACGUGUUCGACUCGGACCCGGACAUCCUGAAGACCGUACAACAGCACGAACCCAAAGGGCUGCACACGUCCGCUACGCUGAAAGACCUGCUGUUCGGGGUCCCGGGGAAGAGCACAGGCGUGAGUCUGUACAGUAAAAAGCGAGUUGUCACCUACACCAUCACCAUCGCCUUCAGCACUUACGACUCCAGGUUUGUAGGCAGCCUGCGCGCCCGUCUGAAGCAGCUCCACCCCUCGGUGAACUGCAGCCUGCGUGAGGAUCACAUGGUGCACGUCCACUUCAAAGAGGAGAUCGGAAUCGCGGAGCUCAUCCCCCUCGUCACCACCUACAUCAUCCUCUUCGCCUACAUCUACUUCUCCACCAGGAAGAUCGACAUGGUGAAGUCUAAGUGGGGUUUGGCCCUGGCUGCCGUGGUAACCGUGCUCAGCUCUCUGCUCAUGUCUGUAGGACUCUGCACUCUGUUUGGCCUCACGCCCACACUCAACGGAGGGGAGAUCUUUCCUUACCUUGUGGUCGUGAUCGGGAUCGAGAACGUUCUGGUCCUCACCAAGUCUGUAGUGUCGACCCCUGUGGACCUGGAGGUCAAACUACGCAUUGCACAAGGUCUCAGCAGUGAGAGCUGGUCCAUCAUGAAGAACAUGGCGACUGAGCUGGUCAUCAUCCUGAUUGGAUACUUCACCUUAGUUCCUGCUAUUCAGGAAUUCUGUCUGUUUGCCGUGGUGGGUCUCGUCUCUGAUUUUUUCCUGCAGAUGUUCUUCUUCACCACCGUACUCUCCAUCGACAUCCGCCGCAUGGAGCUGGCUGAUCUGAAUAGGCGGCUCCCAGCCGAGGCGGGGAUGCCCCCUCCCAAACCUGGCCCCUUACGCCACAGAGAAGCCCCGCCCCCUCCCCGUCCCUCCCCACACACCAUCACGCUUCAGGCCCCGGCGUUUAGGAACCUGCGCUUACCCAAGAGGCUCCGCGUCAUCUACUUCCUGGCGCGAACCCGUCUGGCGCAACGCAUCAUCAUGGUCGGGACGGUGAUCUGGAUCGGGAUCCUGGUGUACACCGACCCUGCCGGCCUAAGGACGUACCUCACUGCUCAGGUGUCCGAACAGAGCCCUUUGGGAGAGGCGGGGCUUCCUCCUCAUCUGGGCGUGGCACCCGUGUUCCCAGGCGGAGACCCGACCAGCACCCUCAGCGUACUUUCUGCCCCAGAUCCCACCCCCGUACCCGAGAACCAAUCACAGGAAGUGGCUGCCCCUGGCCCCGCCCCUUUGGUCAGCCCUCAGAUUACGUGGGGUUCAGAGGACGAGGAGGUGUGGAGGCGACUCUCGUUCCGUUACUGGCCCUCGCUAUUUGGUUACUAUAAUAUCACUCUGGCUAAGAGGUAUAUCAGCAUCCUGCCCGUCAUCCCCGUCACGCUACACCUGAGUCCUCAGGAAGCCGCCGAGAUGCGACACCCUCAGGAUACCCAGCAUGCACCGCGGGUCAGCGCCAGAACCACGCAGCUCCAGACCGACCUCACUCUGUACAAGGUCGCAGCUCUGGGCCUCUUCGCCGGGGUUCUCCUGGUUCUCCUGCUCUUCUGUCUCUAUCGCGUCCUGUGUCCUCGUAACUAUGGGCAGAAUGGAGUCCAACAUGGCCGCCGUCGCCGUGGAGACCUGCCCUGUGAUGAGUACGGGUACUCUCCUCCGGUCAGCGAGAUCUCACCGCUGCUGCUGAGAGGCCAUAGCAUGGACAUCGAGUGUUUAGCGAGUGACGGUAUGCUGCUGGCCAGCUGCUGUUUAGCAGGACAGAUUCGCGUGUGGGACGCACAGACCGGGGACUGUCUCACUGUCAUACCUAAUAACGGUUUAAGGCGGAGCAGCAGUAGCGGAUGCUGGGAUCAGCGCGACGCUUGGGAUCCUUACGAGCCCGACUCCUCCCCCAGGGCGGAGUCCUGCGCCGCGUCCACACCCGACAGCGAGCACGCCGUGCGCCGGCGGCCGACCCGCCCCACCCUGUUCGUGGACCAGCCGGACCUCACGGCGCUCAUCGACACCAACUUUAGCGACCUGCCCGCGUCACACACGCCCUCGGACUGCGGCUUCGACUUCGGCGGCCUAGUGGAGAAGGCGUACAAGGAGCACGAGGUCACGCCGCCGCCGCCUACCAUGCCCACGCCGCUUCCCCCGACCCCUCCCACUCCACCCGCCCCGCCCGUUGAAAGACCGAGCCUGGCAUCGGGAGACUGGGAGAGUUCGGUGUGGUCCAUGGAGCUGAGGGGGAACCUGAUCGCUGCAGGGAGGAGCAACGGCAAACUGGAGUUGUGGGACGCGGUAGAGGGACAGCUGCGGUGCUGCAACGAAGACGUACCGACAGGAAUCACUGCCCUCGCUUUCCUUAACAAUAGGAUUGUUGCGGCUCGUCUGGACGGUUCUCUUGAUUUUUUCACAGUGGACAUCAACAAACCACUUGGUUUACUGCAGCACCGAGGCCCCCCUGGUCGCACCAGUCUGCCCCCGUCUCCCUGUUACAGCAGCGAAGAUGCGAUCACCUGCCAGCUCACACGCUCGGUUCAGUGCGCUCACCAGAAACCCAUCACUGUGCUCAAAGCUGCAGCGGGUCGAGUCGUCACGGGCAGCCAGGACCACACCGUCAGAGUGUAUCGUCUGGAGGAUUCCUGCUGCCUCUUCACGCUGCAGGGUCACUCAGGUGGCAUCACCGCCAUUUAUAUAGACCAGACGAUGGUCCUGGCCAGCGGGGGGCAGGACGGUACCAUCUGCUUGUGGGACGUCCUCACGGGAAGCCGCGUGAGCCAUGUGUACGGUCACCGCGGCGAUGUGACCUCGCUAGUUUGCACUACUUCCUGUGUGAUCAGCAGCGGGUUGGACGAUCUCAUCUGCAUCUGGGACCGGAGCACCGGCAUCAAGCUCUACUCCAUACAGCAGGAAGUGGGCUGCGGCGCCAGUCUGGCGGUGAUCUCCGAGAGUCUGCUGGUGACCGGCGGUAACGGCUGCGUGUCGUUCUGGGACCUGAACUACGGCGACCUGCUGCAGACGGUGUACCUGGGUCAGAACAGCGAGGGGCAGCACGUCCGCCAGCUCCUCGUGCUCGAAAACGCCGCCAUCGUGUGUGACUUCGGCAGCGAACUCAGCCUCGUCUACGUGCCCUCCGUCCUGGAGAAGCUGGACUGAACAGAUACAGACGCACAAGCGCACACACACAUGGAGACACAGAGACAUUUAUGAGAUGUGUGUGUGUGUGUGAUGUGAUGGACUGUUGACCCGGAUCCACUCGCCGGUUCUGUAUCGUCUCACUACAGAUUAUUUUCCUGUUUCUUUCAGGAAUCAAUGAUUUGAACAAACAUUUUAUGUGUGUGUGUGUCAGAGAAUGUGAAUUUAUUUUUUAUUUUUUUGGAAAAAACAUGCCAGUAGUGGGACGGAAACGGGGCAUGAAUUGUGUGUGUGUGUGUGUGUGUCAAAGCUCCUGCUGUAUUUUUUUUUUUUUUAAUUUUAUUUAUUUUUUUUUCUAAUGGAAGAAGGUUUUUUUUUUCCUUUUAUAUAUAUUUUGCUAGAAAAAGUCUCAAAAUAUUAAAUCACAAUGUUUUUUUACUCGCGGAGCGAACGGGACGCUGCGCAUUGCUGCCUAAAGAAAGGUGUGUGUGUGCGUGUGUGUGCGUGCAUGUGUGUAAGGGCAAGUUUUUUUGGUGGGGGCGAAGAGAAGGUCGAAGUUUACAUGGAGAAUAACUGCUGGUGUGUGUGUGUGUGUGUGAGAGGCGGAACAGUUUAUAAGACUUACUGUAAUCUGUAAAGGAGGUGUGUCGAACGAGAGUGUGUGUCGAACGAGAGUGUGUGUCGAACGAGAGUGUGUGUCGAACGAGAGUGUGUGUCGAACGAGAGUGUGUGUCGAACGAGAGUGUGUGUCGAACGAGAGUGUGUGUCGAACGAGAGUGUGUGUCGAACGAGAGUGUGUGUCGAACGAGAGUGUGUGUCGAACGAGAGUGUGUGUCGAACGAGAGUGUGUGUCGAACGAGAGUGUGUGUCGAACGAGAGUGUGUGUCGAACGAGAGUGUGUGUGGUGGGAGACGCGUCAUUUUUUUUAAUAUUUAAAAAGAAAAGACGAAAACUAUCCAUUAUUUAUUAGUGAUGAAUUCUAACGGUUUGUACAGACGUGCCGCGUCUCUUCUCUUACUGUAAUGUGUGAAAAGCGCUGAUUAAUUUAAUUUAAAACUUUUAAUUAUAUCAUAGUCUUCAUCUGGACACAGAGGCUGUGCUUUAUUUCACUGGAUACGUGUGUGUGUGUGUUUGCUUUCUGAUGCUUUAAUUUUUUCUACAAUCUGAAAGCUUGGACUCGUAACCUUUUGCUCGUGGACUCGUAACCUCUGAUAGACACGUGACAUUACACAACAUACAAGGUGAAGAAGAACACGUGCUGGUAGUCAGUUGCACAAUACGUCACGUGAUCCGAUCUCACGUGACCUGUACGGUCUGUACGAGACGCAUGAAGCUGCCCCUCUCAGCACAGCCCAGGUCUGAUCACGUCAAGUCCCGCCCUGUCGUAUAAGAACAGCUUAGACGCGUCUCAUAACGAUUUUUAGUUUUAGAUCGUCACAUGUGAUUGAUUCACGUUAAUCCUUUUUUUGCUCAGAGGUGAGCACUUAUGAGGACGCAAGGGAGGAAGGGAGCAAAGGUUAGUGCCGAGCCCAGGAGACAGAUGUUUGUUCUCUUCCAUCCUGAUGGGUAGGACACGGUAGCAUGAGGACGUACUGAUCAAGAUUAAAAGUCAAACCGUCAUUAUUCCGCUCGCUGCCUGACAAAGAGAAAGACGGCUCGACUUGAUCAGAGUCUGUUCGUUUCUUAACGUGUACAUUUAAGGCCUUGACUACUGUAAUAUCCUUUUACAUUAAUGUAUUAAUAUAAUUAAAAUAUUAUAGUUACAAUUGGAUGUUAAGUCGUUAGCCACUGGCUGGCUUAGAAGCUGAUGCGACAUUUUAUGGGGGGCUAAAAAUAGCAGAAAAUCACAGAAAACAAAAAAACAAACAGCCCAGUAGGGAGGGGAUUCACUAGGGAUCACCUGAUACACAAUAACACGAUACCUCGGUGCAGACUCGAUCCGUAUUGUACAGUGGCCGAGAAGUGAAAUUACAAAACUGGAAACAAAAUCAGAAAACUAAAUGACAGAACCGAAAAAAAUAUAUAAAAAAUGACAAAACCGGAAACAAAAUGACAAAUCAGAAAAUAAAAUAAAUCAGAAGAAAUUAGACAAACCGGAACCGGUAGGUACAGUGUAGUUUGUGAAUAAUUCUUACCGCUGAUUGGAUGAGACAUCCAUCACUCAAUGUUACUGAAUAAAAUAUUUUUUUCACCCCAUCUCUUCACAUCCUUAUACAUAAAUGUCUUUGUGUUGUCCAUGUUUUAUUUUUCUUUUUUUUGAUUUUUUAGUGUCAUUCUUAAAUUUCGACCAAAUUGUAAUUACAAUCGUUAAUUAAUUAUUAUAGUUUUUUUUUUUUUUUUUGUUAGACCUGACUCUGCAACAUGCACUGCACUCACCUUUUUUACGCUUAGUAGAAACGCACAAAAUAACGCAGGUGUGUUAAAUUAUUAACAAUAUGAAUGUAAAUAUUAAGGCUGUUUUGUUGCAUGGACAGAUUUCGGUGUGUGUGUGCGUGUGUGUGCAGUUAGUUUCCACAGUUUUGUAGUUUGUUGGUGAAAAAUGUGAAUGUUUUCUAUCCAUGUUUCUUUCUGUGUUUGUGUGUGAGUGUGAAAGAGAAAGUUGAGAAUGACAGUAAAGAAGAUCCUGGGGUUUAUUACAUGUGGUGAGGUGUUUCAAAUAUAUGAGAGAUGGGGUGUUUUAAAGUGUGUGUGUGUGUGUAUGCAUAUGCCAGUAAGAGCAGGGUAAGACAGCUUUCACCCUGUAAAGUUUUUAAAUUUUUUGGAAGCUUUGCUAUGACCAAAAAA